AUGAUUGAGGUCAAUUGUGUUGGAGAGUCUUUCGAGAUUGGCUUUGAGCAUGGGACAAAAGCCGCGCCGCAAAUCGCCAGUACCAUAUCUUUCUAUGCCGACUUGUUCCAGAAGAAGUGUCACCUGAGUUGGAAGCAAGCAUGCUCCAAAGCCAACGGGUUUGCGCCUCACAUCCAUGAGAACUACCCUCACCUAGAGAUUGAGAUGCAAGGGAUAGCCCAAGGGGCCGGUGUCGCCUACGAGGAGAUUCUGGCUCUCAAUGUGAGAUCUGAGCUGUUUUUCGGGGCUGCUCUGGACGGCUGCACUGCUCUUUCCUGGAAGACGGGAGCAACUUGUUAUCUGGCCCAGAAUUGGGACUGGAUGGUUGAACAAAAGCCAAACCUUGUGCUUCUACGACUCGUCCAGAAGAAUAAGCCAACCAUCCAAAUGGUCACAGAAGCAGGCAUGAUUGGGAAAAUAGGUCUCAACUCUGCAGGCAUAGGUCUUUGCGUCAAUGCAAUCCGUUGCGCAGGAAGCGAUGUCAACCGCACCCCCAUUCACAUCAUGUGGCGGGUGAUUCUGGAGAGCACUUCAAUUGCUGCUGCUGUGGAAGCCAUCAACGCCCACGGGUGCGGAGGGGCAUGUCAUAUGCUGAUAGGAGACCAAUCGGGGAGCAUUGGAGUCGAAGUCACGCAUCGAACUAUCAAAUACUUGCAACCAGACGACAAAGAUCGAAUCUUCCAUAGCAACCACAUGUUAGAAUCACAUCCUGGUACGGACAUGCUUUGGGUCAACGACAGCUUGAGCCGGGUCAAGAGAAUCCGCCAACUGGCAGAUAAGUUGCAAGAUGAUGUGACUCAAGACUCUCUACAAAAGUUUCUUUGUGACGAAGAGAACUAUCCCUGUUCAAUCAAUCGAGAUCAGAGGGGCGAGAGUGAUGCCGCCAGCAUCUUCAGUAUCACCAUGGACCUCGGCAAGAUUGAGGCGAAGGUCUUGCUGGGACGUCCGAACAAGCCUGAGAAGACCUAUGUACUACGCCCUAGGACAUUGAGUUAG